AUGAAGUUUGAGUACGACGGCCGAGGCACGAGUGACGACGGUGCUGGGCCGAAUGGAGAGGAAGCCGACGAGGUAAACCGCCUCGACGCGAUGACGGGCGAAUACGUGCACGGAGACAGCGGCGCCGGCGAUGUGGCGGUCGACAGCGCGAUGCUCGACCUGCACGACGCGGCCAUGGACGACAAGAGCGGAGCGCGGCCGCUGGGUGACGGCGCGAAUGAGGUGGAUGAGCUGUCGGUCCGCAUGGCCGUGGACUCGGGCUACGACCGGCUGCUGAUCGAGAGCGCGCUGGCCAAGCGGCUGGCCCGCGAGCCGGCCCUCCGUCCGGCACAGCAGCGUCGACCGGAGCAGCAGCUCAACCUGGCGCGGCGCAGCAACGUCGAGGCUCUGUUUGCCCACAUUGCCGGCGAGGCCGCCGCGGUGCCGUGCAAGAACUGCCACAAGGGCCACGGCCCGUGGACGGCCUGCGUCGUCGUCGAUGGCCAGAUGUGCGGCAGCUGCGCAAAUUGCUGGUUCAACGCGUCCGGGGCGCGUUGUUCUUUUCACGAAGCCAAGACACCUAUGCAACCUGGCCAUCACUUACACCAGCGGCAUCACCUCUCGUCCGGCGGAAGUGCCUCUCUGGCCUCGUCCACACCCAUCGAUCCGCGCCUGUCGCAUCCCGCAUUGUUUGGUGGCGUCGACGCUGCCUCCCUCGGACUGGCGCACUCCCACCGCUCGGCUGCCGGCUCGCUGCAUCCUCAUACGCAGCCUCACCCAUCACCAACGGCGGCCACGACCGCCUCUGCAUCCACGGCCGCCGCUGCUGCAGCCGCUGCCGUGGCCGCUGCCGUGCAGCAUAUCCACAACAGCAGCAACAACAACAGCGACAGCGCCAGCGGCAACAACGGCGUCCAUGUUGGCGCCCAUCACGACAUGGUCGGCGACGCCUUUGGCGGCUUCGGCCUCCACCUGGCAGCGGCCAUCCUGGGCGAAGACGUAAGUGGCAACGGCGCCGUCCGAGGCGACUCGGCCGAGCUGGGCGCAGGCUCCACGGCAGCUGGCAGCACUGCAGGUCCGGCCGGAGUGGACUCGUCCCUGAUCGGCUUCGUGGUCGAUCAGGCGCUGGCCGAGGUGCGGAAUGCCGAUCGGCGAGCUCGUGACCUCAUGAUGGUGGAAAUUGCCGCAAAGCAGCUGGCGCUGGCUAUUGUGCGCGGUAACGUUGACAGUGCAACAGAUAUCAGCAACCGGGGCUCUUCAGACGACAUGUGA